AUGACAGUGGAUUUCGGUGGCCCGGAAAAGCUCCUCAAGACUAUGACUACCAUCUUCUCGGUGACAGCCCCCGGGUCUCAUGGACAGCCUGUCCUCGAAGGUCACUCGAAAUACCCUCUUGUCGUCUACCGUUUCCGUCGUACAAGUCUCGGAGAUAGGAAUUUCUGGCCAGCGCACUAG